UAUGAUGUUUUACGUCGAAUGUUCUUUUUAGGAAACAUGCUAUCACAACUUCGCCAGAAUGUCUACUGAAAAUUGCUUAGUGAAAGCAAUAUACUCAUUCAAGGGUAAAAACAAUGAUGAGCUAUGCUUCAAAAAAGGUGACAUUAUCACUGUCACUCAAAAAGAAGAAGGAGGUUGGUGGGAAGGAACAUUAGGAGAAACGACAGGAUGGUUUCCUAGUAAUUAUGUUACUGAAUAUAAAGACUCAUCUGGCUCCAUAACAACUUCUCCAAUAAGAGCAGCUUCAGAGAUUCAAGCUUUCAGAAAUGUUGUGCUCAAAGAUAUAAUUGAUUCUGAGAAAGCCCAUGUUGCUGAGAUGCAGGGCUUAGUUAGCAACUUUUUACAGCCCUUGGAAGAAAGUGACAUGCUCACUAAAGAUGAGUUUAAGCAGUUAACAGGAAAUAUUAAUGAAGUGUUACAAGUACAUGAACAGUUUCUUGAUUUAUUGGAAGAAUGUGCAAUGAAAACAGGGCCAGACCAGAGAGUUGGUGGCCUGUUUUUGCAGUGGGCACCUAAAAUUAAAUCAGUGCACCAAAUAUAUUGUGCUGGUCACCCCAAAGCUGUCUGUAUACUUGAUAAGUACAAAGAAGAACUUAAUACAUGGAUGGAAAAUGCAGGGGCUGUUUGUCCAGGAGUAUUGGUACUGACUGCUGGUCUAUCAAAACCAUUCCGACGUCUUGGAAAAUAUCCUGCAAUGUUGCAGGAAUUGGCUAGGCAUGUACAUGAAGCUCACCCCGAUAGAGGGGAUACACAUAGAGCUUCAAUUGUUUUUAAAGAUAUUGCUAGUGGUUGUGCGGCUUUAAGACGCCAAAAAGAGCUUGAACUUCAAGUGGUGACAGGAGAAGUUCGAGGCUGGCCAGGAGGUGAACUAACCUCACUUGGUGAUGUACUUCACAUGGGCAGUGUGGCAGUAGGUCCCUCCCACCAAGACCGGUACCUUGUGCUCUUCCCAUCUGCUCUGCUUCUUUUGUCAGUCAGCAAACGUGUGUCCGCAUUUGUUUAUGAGGGAUGUCUUCCACUUACUGGUAUAACAGUUUGCAAAUUAGAUGAUACAGAAACAAGAAAAAAUGCAUUUGAAAUUAGUGGGCCGAUGAUUGAUAAAAUAGUUGCAGUGUGCCAAACCAGGGCUGAGGCGGACAACUGGGUCAGUUUACUUCAGAAACACUCCAAUAAUAGCAGCCCUACUCACGAGACUACUCAGCCACAGUCCUUACCUCAUAUGGCCAUGAGCGACAGCAGUAACGAAUUGUCGUCGGGCCUCAGCAACCAUAAAAGAUCCCAUUCAUUCAACAACCAUCAAAGCUACACUCAGCACACUCAACAAACACAAAAAAAUAAACACAAGAAUCAAUCAGCGCGUUGGCUUCUGAAUUCAUGCGACUCGCUCGAUCAAUCGCCCGCUAAAUCUUGUAAAACACCAAUUGGAAAGAAAUUUUCUUCGGUUGAUUUCAUCGACGCAGCCGACUCAUCGUUUAGUAAUAAAGGGUGGAGUAUAACUUGCCUCCGCCCCGCCCCGCCGCUGCGGCCGCAGUCCUUCACCGUCGGCUCCGACGAGAACAUCGGACCCACGCAUCCUUACGCGCCUCACCAGAGAAAGUCUAACUCCUACGAAGAGGAUGCGCUCAUAUUGAAAGUCAUCGAAGCAUAUUGCACUUCGGCCCGCUGCAGAAACGCCGUUAGCUCCGUGGACUGCGGCCACUUUUCUCUCGGUAAAGUACAAUAUCACGCACCCGCCACUAACAUACCUCACUUUAACCACACUAAACUGCCGGCGCUCCAGCGAUGCGGAACGCCGGAUCUUACGGGCCGGACCGGGUCGCGAGUCAAACGUAACAAAAGCUCCUCGGCGGCGGACGCGUACCUGUACCGCGCGCCGGAGGCGAGGAAGCUGAUAUCGGAGCGCAAGUUCCAGCUGAACCGGUCGAACCCUAACUUGUGGGACUGCUCGGAGCGGCGCCGCACGCUGGCGGGCGCGCACGAGCGCCGCAGCGGCUCGCAGCCCAGCCUGGCGCCGCGCCCCGCGCCGCCCGCGCCGCCCGCGCCGCCCGCCGCGCGCUCCUCCACGUGGUGCUGCGGCACCUUCGUCAAGCAGCUCACCAAGUCUCACCACUUCGACUGACACUAAGCCCCUCCUCCGCUCUCGACUCCUCGUCGUUCCGAUCGCUCGUCUCGUCGUUCCCCGACGCCGCACUCGAAGGCCUGUUGUUCGCGAUUGCUCGUGACGAGUGACCGUCUGGCUUUUUGAAUCGUUCACCACUGUCACUAAUUGUUUUAAUGUCCUAAUUCUGCCGAUAACUAAUACGUACCUUUCGUCCGUACCAUACCUUCAUGGUAUUGAGAUGCAUGCCCCCGAUGCGAUUUUCGUGCCAUUAAAAUACGAAUGUAGUUUGUUUAUUGGGAUGUAUUUGUAGUGCAUGUUUCCAGUAUUAUUCAAUUUUACUUAUAGUAGAUGCUUCUUACUACAAUUGGUGCAUUAGUAACAUGAUUAAAUGUAUAAAAUAUUUUUUAUAUACCUACUUUAAGUGCCACUCAUUAUAUAUUUACAAGAUUAAGCUUUUAUAUAAAUACAUGUGCAUUGUAUAUUAUAACUAUUAUUUUAUCGACAGCUGAUAUUCAUUUUUAUAAAAUAAGUUAUGAUCUAUUAUAUAUAUAUAACAUAUGUAUGCAAAUUAGUGUUACUGUAAAAAGCUUACAAAGUUGUGUUUUUGUUUUUAAAUGUUUAAUCAAGUACGUAAGUGAAGUGCAUACGUCGAUGCUAUCGAAACGACGACCCGUUGUUUACUUUAAUUUAAAAAAAAUGUUUUUGAAGAGAAGCAACACAAUCGAUUAAAUUAUAUACAUACGUGAUUGGAAUAUUGUUUGUUAUUUAUAAAAUUAAAAGUAAAAUUAAAUGAUUUUUUUAUACAUAUUUUAAUAUACUAUAUAAUUAUAGUUACUAUUGAAUCCAUACAAUCAAUAUUGUUACUAACAAUCUUACAUUACGUUUAAUAAUACGUUAAAAUUGUCUCGAAAAUAUAGAUAAAAAAUAGUAUUCUAAAAAAGCUCUAGAGGUUUUAGUCAUUACGGAUACAGUUAUCAUAGUUCCGUUCGUCACCGAUACACUUCAAAUGAUAACUCCCGUUGUUUCGUGUUCUCCUAGUACUGGUAGUGUCAAUACAUUUACGAUUUCAACAAAUGUAUUAUUCAAAAUGUUACUCGGUUUCAUAGAGUUCAAUCAUCAUAAUGCUUUAACUUGGUUGUGUAUUCCGAGAGAAAAACAUUAGUUUUUAAAAUUUAUUAAAUAAUAAAAAAAAAAAAAAAGAUUUUUAAAGUUCUCUUACGUAUCGAUUGUCAAAAUCUAAUACCGGUACGAAUUCUUUUCGGACCUCUACGAACACCUCAGGUCUGAUAAGAACCGCCAAAAGAAACAGCGGGAUUUUCUUUUUUUUUUCUUCAACAAUAGUAGUUUACAAUGUAUAACAAAAAAAAUAUUUUAUAGGAAUAUUUUUUUGCUGAUAUUCAUUCACGUCAGCGUCGCAAAGAUAUCAGAGAAUAUAUAAAAGUAGUCAUCUAUUGAAUGAGCUCGGCCUCUGAUUGGAACGUCUCACUCUAACAAUAUACAUCUCUCAUCGGAUCGUUGUUAAAAAGCAGAAUCAUUUUUGAUGUUACAGAUGAUAUCUUUCUAAUUUACCGGUCAUUCUAUUUUUACUUUAAACAUUUUUAUUCUUUACGUCUUUUAUAAAACAAACGUUUUGUUUCUAGAAAUGUAUUUUCCUUAAUAGAUUUUUGUUUAGAAAUCAACUCUACAUUACUGCUUAAAAUGUCGGCUAUUGCUCGGCGAAUUUCUCUCCUUUUUGAGGAGAGAUUUGGAGCUCACUCCGCCACACUAUGUGAGUUAUGACUUGUGGCUCACGUGUGUCUACAUGUGUAGAUUUUCGCCAAACAAACGGAUUUCCACGUGAUGUUAUCUUCACCGCCGAACACAAGUUAAGGACAUGAAAAUUCAAUGGUGCUUGGUCGGGUUGAACCCGUAAUCUUCGGUUAAAAUUCACGUAAUCUAGUAGGCUACUGGGCCAUCUCGGCUCUUUACUGUACAUAACACUUGAAAGUAAUUUAUCAAUUGACUAAUUAAUAAUGUUUAAAUGUACAGUAUUCAAAUACAAAUGUAUUUUCGUUGUUCACAUCAAAUUUGUAUUAUAAUAGAAAACGAGGCAAAGUUAAUAGGAAAUGAGUGACGGUAGCUACUCGUCUGCAAGCCCAUGAGGUAAUCAAAGUGGACGGCGUAGCUACAGCCGUCGGGUGCAUUUGUUAAAUAUUUAAUAACCUUAGCGCACUCGAAGCGGAACGUUUUGUACCUAAACUGAAUACACAUUAGCCGUCUACUUCAUUCAACUUAUCCCGUAUAUAAUACCUAGUUUUCUGCCUUUCGAUACCAGAUUGCUGUUUGUAAAUUGUAAUUGAGUAACAUAUGCGACUUGACUUGCCUUUUCUAUAAUUCAAAUUGAUAUUCGUUCUGAAAUUGGGCCGGUCAUGAAAACACAAUUUAAUUUCCGAUGUAUUCUUUGCUUUAAUGAAAUGGAAGGUAAUUUGGAAAUACUAGGAAAUUAUGUGUGCUAUCUUAUCUAGUGUUUUUGUAGACGAGUCGUAUUCCGACAAAAGCAAACUAUGUAAGAUUGAUUUUUUUAUAUAAAAGCCCUUUCAAAAUAUUGCAGUAUAUGUGUAUACAUAAUACAGGUAUGUAUAAGCACAAACAAACGAAGAAGGUAAUUCGUCCCGUCUAAGAUGUUUUAGAGUAUGUCUAGCCUUGUCGUAAAAUGUCAUUAUUAAAACACAAAAUAUGGAUAAACGGCUACCCGUCCCGACUUCGUACGGGUAAAAUUCAUACAAAAUUAUCCAUACCUUAAAGAUCGAAAAAUAUUUUCUUAGCUGAUGCUUACGUAAUAAAAUAAAUAUUAAAGUUGAGCUGUCUAGACUCUAGUUUUGGCUGAUUCAGUCCGGACAAAUGAUUUUGUAAUUGUAGAUAGUAAAAAUGAAAGCUCUUUUCUUAAAUUAAUCUAAAAUAAUAAAGAUGCGAUUGUCGGUAACACUAAAAAAAUUAAACAAUAAAAAUUAUAUAUUAAAGUCAAAACAAUGAAAACCAUUAUGAUAAUAUUUGAAAAGUGUUUGAUUUUCUCGCCCGUUGCUUUCAGUUUUCUUUUAAAACUAAAAAAUAAAAGACCAUUUUUUUUAUAACAUUGAACCUACAACAAACAAAAGCUGUAAUUUUAUAUUUUGUCAUGUCUGUGUAUAUGAUAUCUGUACACAAUGGUAUAGUUCUAUGAGUGUAUUAGAUAUUAAUAUUUCAUACAUUGUAGAUUAGCGUCUGUAGAAGUUAUGUUCUUUAAAGUACUAAUAUAAUACAAAUAACUAAAAUUGAUCUAUUGGAGAGUUUUAGAUAUUUUGGCUACUACUAUCUUGUAUUUUUAUUAUUUUAAUAUUAAAAUAAAUAUUUUGUAAAUUCAAAGUUGCACACUCCACUCAUGUUGCAUGUUAUAAAAUGAGCAAUCAUUAUCGAAUUAAUUAUCGGUUUUCAUAUAUUCCCCCCAUAAAUCCUAUAAUGCAAAGAAAAUAAAUUGUAACUUUGAUCAAUUAAAUAUUACAUCCUAAGAUUACUUAAUUAAAUUAGCUUUAAGAUGUCUACAUACAUUUUUACAACUACUAUAUUAAAAAGAAGCAGAAGAAUUUAAAGUGAUAUUGUUGAGAGCCAAGAACCGUCGAAUACUCCACGCUUUCAGGUUUGAAGCGUACAAAAAUAUUUCAUUAACUACUAAAUAACUUCAACUAAAUUCUUCAUAAAUAUAUUUUUUAUUUGUAUAAAAUGCAAAAAAAUAGUCAGUAAGAACUUUAACCGUUUUUUAUAGGUGAUAUUUAUAAUGUCGAGGUAGCUCAGUGGUUAGAACACGCGAAUCAACGAUAACUAUGGGUUCAAACCUAGGCAAGUAGUACUGAAUUUUCAUGUGCUUAAUUUUGUUUAUAAUUCAUCCCGUACCAAAGUGAAGGAAGAAAUUGUGAAGAAAACAGUAUGUGUCGGGGGACGAACCCGCAUUCGAACAGCGUGGUGGAAUAAGCGCCAAACAUUCUCCUCAAAAAGGUCUUAGCCAAACAAUGGCCAUUUCCAGGCUGUUACUUGAGUUUUCAUUUUUAAUAACUUUACUUUUAAAAGUUCUACAAGAAGUGAAUGUGGAUAUUCCAACCGUUUUACACCUGGUUACUUAUUUAAUGCGUCGCGUCGCGUUGAAACGGUUUCCAUAAAUCUAGAGCAGUUAAUGUAAAGAGUCGUGCGACGGCAACGCUAUAUUAUAUAAAGAUACCUCCCCUCCACUUUUAAUGAGUAUUCCUAAGUGAAAAAAAAACCACUCUGAAUUCCAAGUCAAACAAAGAACGUUUUUUCACGUUAUAACUGUCCGCUCGUUUGUCCUACGAUUAAAGUCUUGUACAAUUUUCUUUGUAAUUCGUUUAAUUAUGAAUAUUAAAGAACUCUAUGCAUAUAAAUAUAUUUCAAUUCAUUCGUUUCUUUCAUUCAUAUAUUAUAAAAUGGUUUUAGUUAUAAACUUAAAACAUAGAUAUAUGUCUAUUUCAAAUUACUCCAUAUCUACAAAUGCAAGAUAAUAUCUUUGAUUAAAUAUCUGGGUUCGUUUUAUAUCUGUAUUUUUUCGUUUUAUAUUUGUAUUCAAGUGAUAAUACACUAAUUAAAAUUCAUAUUUAAAAUCCGAUACAAUAUAUAUACUAAGGAACGAAACUCCAAAUUACCCAAUAUAACAAUUGCUUCCCACAUAUUAACGUGUAUAUAAAACACAGAAUCAAAAUUAUUAAUGUAUUAUAAUUUUUGUGUUUUAAUGUUAAAAUAAUAUAACGAACAAAACGUAUGUUUAUGUAUAAGUAGCUUACAACGAAUGAAGUAUUAACUACUAAAGUUUAACAUUUCCCUUAAUAUCCAUAACACAUAUUACGGUUUAGUGAACUUUAGCUAUGGUCUCAACUCGCAACGAACAUAAACUAAUGCGGUUUUGUAAUCGGUACAACUUUACGAUCCUCGUAACAAAACAAUGAGUUCCUAGUAACAGGUACAACGUAUCUGCAAGUAAUCUUACCUUCUAAUAUUUUGCCCUGUUCGUAUUUACAUGAACAUGUUUGUUUUUCGUUUAUUUUUAUUAUAAUAACCUUAUCAUCAAAGUUCCUUUCUGGCUUUAUCGCAAUUGUUUCAAUUUCAAGUAUUAAUCGUGCUUUGUAAUUUUUAUUUAAUUAUUUAAUUCAACGGUAGUAAUAUCCGUUUUAAUGGAAACAUGUAAUUGAUGUUACUAAAUCAUUUUGAGAUCCUAUUUUAAUUAUCUAGUCAUUUGUUUUUUUUUUUAUCAAUCGAUUACUAUCAAAGUGAAUAGGAUAAGUUUAAUAAUGAAGAGAAAUGAAAUGUGUCAAAUAAUAUUGGAAUGAAAAUAUAUAUGAAUUAUUUAACAAAAUAUUAAUUUGUAAAAUUUUGAAACUAACAAAUAAAUUGAUAGUGUUAUAAUUUAGGUAAUAGCCAUAUAAUUUGAUCUUAUAGAGGACGAAGAGCUAUGUUUAGUAUAAAGGAGAGGUAUAUAUAUAUAUAUAUAAUUAUAAUAUUUAGUAUCUAGUUGUUUAAUACUAUUAAUAUAUCAAAUAUUACGUGUGUUAUAAUAAUACGUAUAUUUAUUUUUUUAACGAAAAUUAUUGUAGAUUGUAUGUAUAAGUAUUUAAAAUAAAUAUUAUAAAACAAUAUAUAGUUUUUAUAAACAUAAACGACGGCACUUCAUUUACAAAUAACCUACAAACAUCAAUCACAAACACAACGAAACUAUCCAAACUUAGCACACACGAAAACAAAACCGCCAAAACAAGGUUGGUAAUAUUUUAGAUAAAAAUAUAUAUAAAUUGUAUCUAUAUCGG